UUUCCCGGCAAAUUAAAUAGGCACGCCCAUUUUCCCGGGAAAAUAAUUCGAAACAUGUGGAGUAGAAGAAAGAAGAAAGCUGGGACUUUAGCAGAAGAGAUAAACUCACUGGUGGAUCCCAGACCUAACUAUGAGAGAGAAGAAGAGGAGGAGGAGACAGCAAAAAUAUGUGAAGGAGAAUAUUUGGAAGGAGACGAAGAAGAAGAAGAAGAAGAAGGGGAGUUAAACAGCAGCCAUUUUGAAGGAGGUUAUAAGAGAAGGUUGUCUCGUCAAGAAGAAGAAGAAGAUCCUAAAUAUGGUGGUCAGUCCAUCUCUAGAGAUGAAAUGAAUGAUUAUGAUACACCUGAGAGCAGUGAUGAUGACAUAUUGUCUGAGGGAGAGGAGGGGGAGGAGGAGGAAGAGGGGGAGGACAUAUUAUCUGAGGGAGAGGGGGACAAUGAUGAAACUGAUUCUGAGGAGGAGGAGGAGGAGGAGGAGAGAGAAGUAGGAGGAGCUUCGUCAGACUCACAAGAAGAUUCAUCAGAUGUAUUCAUCCUUCCAUUGGAUAAAGGACGCACUCCAGCUGCUACUAAUGAAGAUGAUGUUGACAAGGGAAAAGCCGUCAAACAUCAAUUGGCUUUAUGGGAUGGGCUACUGGAAGGUCGUAUUAAGCUACAGAAGUGUCUGAGUCUUACGAACCAGCUGCCUCAGAAUGAAACUGCCACCAAAUUCUCUGAGAGUGGACCACUAGCAUCAACCAGCUUGAAUCAAUGCGAGACUAGUCUGAAUAAACUAAUGAGGAAUUUACUUGAGCUACAAGAAACGCUGAUUGCUAAAUCACUUGACUCCGCCCCAGAGGAGGAGGAGGAGAAAGAGGAAGAGGGCGGGGACUGGUAUGAGGGUAUCAUCGAGAAAAGACACAAGAGACUCCGAUGCUAUAGAAACAAAGUGUUAGAAAAAUGGAGCACUAGACUCCAACUGGCCAGUGGAAAAUUAACAAUGAAAUCGUAUUCAUACCAGAGUAGACAGCAAUCAGCUGUUAGUAAUAUUGAGUUUGCGUUGAAAGAUCAAGCGAAAUUGAGAAAGAGAACACAACUGAAGAGGACACAGCAGCAGCUGGUCACCCUAGGGAAGAGGAAGAGAGAGGGAGGGGCUGAAAGAGACUCUCACCUCAACGACGCUGAUGAAGAGAUCUUUAAUGAUGAAGACUUUUAUCAUCAGUUAUUAAGAGAAUUAAUCCAGUCCAAGACUUCAUUUACUGAUAAUGACACUGACCAGGUGUCAAUGGGAAAGAAAUGGUUAGAAAUUCAGUCUUUACGAGCAAAAGUAAAAAAGAAAGUUGACACUAAGGCAAGCAAAGGAAGAAAACUACGGUAUCAUGUACAUCAGAAAUUAGUUGGAUUAAUGGCUCCAAUAAACAGCUGCAAUUAUUCGGAAUCUGCAAGAUAUAAUCUAUUUAGUUCACUUUUUGACAGCAGAAAGAUAGGCAAUUCUAAUUAUACGGACACGACUAAUUAAUUAUUUAUUAAUGAAAUAUUGAAAUAUUAAUGAUGCUGACAUGGAGUCUGGAGACAGGAGAAAGUUCCCUCCAGCUCUGCAUUGUCAUAAACUCUCUGACAUAAGUUCAUCUACGUCUGAAGACAAAGCAGCUGCAGAAAUAGCUCGCUGCCUUAAAGAGCCCAAUUAUUACGUCAUACACAGUACUGUCAAGAGCUUAGGCGUAGCAAGGGCAAUAGAGCUAUUUAAUAAAACCUCCAAGAUCCAGAAACAAGGAGGUAUAGCCACUUGUGAUGGUGACAGAAAGAAGUCUCCAGGUGGGGUUUUCCUGGGAUUAGUGAAGAAGGAGGUCACGAAUAAGCAGAAAAAGUUAAUAUUUAAGAGAUUUAGACCCAAGAAGAAAAGGAGUGUGACAAUUAAGAGAAACUGUAAUGGAGUCGUGUCUGAAGACUGUGGAACCAACGAAGAACUAAUGGAAACUGAUCAAUUGCCUAGCUCAGUGUCUAGUGGUGUGAAGGAUCGUGUUAAAGGAGAUCAAUUCAAUGAUCUUGAAACUGAUUUGCCUGAUCCUGGAGACUAUGGCAUAACAUUCUGUUAGAUCAGAGACAAGACUACAGCUGACUACCUUUAAUAACUGUCAAUUGAACCAUAUCAUCAUUUAUAAUCACUAGAUGUAGCAAUCUAUUACAAUUUAUGAUCACAAUAGUCUAGUUAUUCAAUACA